GAGAAUCCAUGGGCCAACGAUCAAGAGAGGACCCGGAAAGAAGAAACAGCUGCUCCUCUAGGUGUAGUGUGCUGACAUCUAGCUUCAAUCUCCUCUUAUCAAAACGAGUGAUUGGGUAUAGGGUUAUCAAACCUGUACCAUUAUGAGAUAAUGUUCACAUGCUCAGCAGCUACAAGGUGCCUUUUACAUCGCACCCACGGGACGCACUGCACGCAUUCUAUAGCCUCCCAUCUUGAAUUCCCUACAAUAUUCAUCUUCCAUGAUCACCAAGCAUCAACUCUUUAUUGUACCGAGAACACCAUGUCAUCGUACACCUGCACGGAAGACGGUAACGAAUGCCGGGACGCGGCAGAUUUGAUUGAGCAUAUCCACGGCCGACAUACGCAGCGCAUUCGGCGGGCUUCUUCAGAGCCAUCCUGGGAUUAUGGCUCUGAUAGUCACGGGCAUAUCUGGUGUUGUUUGAAUGCGAUCGGGGGAUCAAAGACCACCGUAGUUUUGACUCCGAUCGUGCGAUGUUGGAUCACCUGCGCGAUCGCCAUGAAGAGUUGAUGGAACUGAUCCGGGAGAACGGGACGUGGGGCGUUUAAAUCGCUUAUCACAGAAGAAGUGCCGUGGACAACGGCAGGACUCGCCAGCCCUCAAAGAUUGUCUAAAUGUCCUUGG